UUUAGUAGCUGAUCAUAUCACCACUUCAACACUAACAGAAUUUAGUAACACAUAAGAACAUAAAUGAACUAAAAGAAAACUGUCUGCAUCCAUCUACUAUAUAGCUUUUUGUCCAAGCAUGUGAGGAGGAAGGUAAGACAUAGGGAGUUGGAAGGAUACCAAGCUAUGGUUGUAAAAUUUGUUUCCUUGUGAUGCUAUUUCUUGAAGCUGUUAAAGAUGUCUCACUCUGUUUCUAUGAAACCAUGGAAAACUUUAGGCUGAAGGAAAGACUGGGAUGUGAAACUUCUGAUUAUCAACUUGCUCUUUCCUUGAAAUUGUCCCGUACUGAUUUACGAUCUACAUUGAUGGAGUGUUCCUUGGCAAGAGAAAGGUUUUCAAUGAGCAGUGUUCGUCUUGUCAUGUCAAUCGCUCAAAGAUAUGAUAACAUGGGUGCUGAAAUGACUGAUCAACUCAAAUGUUGUGCAUUCAAAAUUUAGAUAUGCAAAUUUCUUGCACUUGUACAUUGAUGAAUAUAGUUCAAAAUAAAAAUUUGCACCUCUUAAGGAAAAUUCUUUCAUUUUCAUACAAGGAGGCCUUAUUGAACUACUUCAUGGGAUAGAGAAAUUCUAUCCCUCUAAAGGAUACAAAAUCCCAACUUAUGUUUAUUGGUGGAUUCGCCAGACCUACUGUGCAAACUCAAGCCUUUUUACCAGGAGAGGUAGGAAGCCCUCCUUCAGGUCAUGAGCUGCAUGGUGGAUAUAUGCAUAACAUGACAUUGGACAACAGCCACCUCUUCACCGAUAUAACCAGGGGAGAGCAACAGCUGUUCAGUACAAUGAAAGUCAUGUCAUGGUGCAGUCAUCUCAUUCUACCUAUAACGCGGAUAAUCCACUUUCUGCUGCAAGGAAUGGUGCAUCAUGGGGUUUGGAAUAUACCUCGACUUAUAACUAGAAUAAAUACGAAGCUCCCAUCUUGAUGAUAACAAUAAAGAAAACGUGGCUUAUGACUGAUGGGACCUCAAUUUAUGAAAUGCUCAUCCUCAAUCUAGUUUUUUUUUUUGGUUGAUAACUAGA